AUGGACGAUGACCAUUCUGAAGACAGCGAGGAUGAAGAGGAACCAAACAACUUCGAUGAAGGAUCCACAGUAGCCGAACUUGAUAGCACCGAUGAUGAGGAAGACGCCCUGAAUGCCGAGGGAGAAGGAAAUGAUGAUCAAGACAGGAUCACGGCACUGGUAUAUCAUCACAGAAGGGACAUUCGGAGUCGUCGGCUCGAUGACCUGGUUUACCUUGUAUUUGGCCGGUCCACUCGCUCCGUACCAGAAGCAGCCUUUUCAGAAUGUCAGGCAUUGCAGAACGUGACAUUCUGCGAGGGCCUUCAAACCAUUGGCAAAAAGGCAUUCCGUCGGUGCCUAUCAUUGAGAACAAUCUCCUUUCCAAAAUCGUUGAAGACUAUUGAAGAAUGGGCAUUUCUCAAUUGUGGAUUGGAAUCUAUCGAACUGAAUGAAGGCCUUCAAUGUGUUGGAGUACACGCAUUUGCCUUCUGUCUGACUCUGAAAAAGAUCAAGUUGCCGUCGACUCUCAAUUACAUAUUUGACUCGUCGUUUGUCAGCUGUGGUCGCUUGGAGCACGUUGAUUUUGGCACGGGCGUUAAAAUUAUUGGCCGCAAUGCUUUCUUUGAUUGUGCUUCGUUGACAGUCAUUCAUUUACCUAACUCAGUCCAGGUGAUAAAUUCAUAUGCUUUUGGAAAUUGCACCAGUUUACUAUCAGUUGAGUUCCCAUCAACUGGGUUACGCACCGUUGACGCAAAUGCCUUUGCACAAUGCAACGUUUUGACCAAUGCGGUAGUAUCAUCAUCCCCAAUUGAAAUUGCCGAAAGUUGCUUCAGCAUAUGUGGACGACUGGAAGAGAUGUUCCUACCAGAAUUCGCCCACAAUCCUUAUAAUAGAUUUUACGCUUCCAUCAAGAGACGAUACGACCGAUUUCCGAUCCAUGAGUUCUGUUACAAGCAGUCAUAUUUGCCACGAACAACAGCACUCGGCAAUUUGAUAGCCUUGCUGAAUUCAGAAUCAUCAUCAGACGAUAAUAUACUGCAGCGAGUGGAUGCAGCUGGCAUGUCAGCUUUCCACAUUUUGGCACUUUCGUCCCAACCUGAGAUUGGUCUAUUCCAGAUAUUACAAGCUUACUCCUGUCCUAGUAGACGGCAUAUGGAAGUCCCGGAUAGGUGGGGAAUCCGUCCAAUUCAGUACAUGUGCUCAAAUUCGAGGAUUCCAAUGAGCGACCGAACGAGGCUGGUGGAGUAUCUUGCCGAGGCCACUGUGAUGCACCGUGCUCACAAGUUAGGAUUGCCAAGUUGGAGAGUAGCCGUCAUUUCCAAGGCUCGUGAGGUCUUAUUUGCAGACGCAGAAACCAUGACACUCCAAGGCAGUCAGCGUAUUGACAAAAUCUAUCAAGUCUUGGAGCGGUAUGAACUAAUGGAAAUGCUGUCUUCGUUGGAGUUAAGGAUCUGGUAUUGGAAAAUACUACUAAAAGAAAGCCAUGAAAAAUCCGAGGAUACAUUAGAUGACCGUCAUCCAAAAAGGAUAAAGUUUGACGGACGCGAAUCAGCUCGGGUGAACUGUGGUGCUGACAUUAUCGUUGGCAACGUGCUGACAUUUCUGAGAACUCCCUCGUACGCAUAA